AUGAAAAAAAAAGCAUUCGAAUGGUAUACCAAAUCUGCUAUUUCAGGGAUAGAGGCACAAUUGAAUAUAGGAAUUUACUAUAAUUAUGGUAAAGGGGUGGAUAAAAACGAAACAAAAGCAUCUGAAUGGUUCUUAAAAUCAGCUGAAGCUACACAUAAUGGAAUCAAAGAAGCAAAGGUUAAGUUGAAUAAUAUUUUAUCAAAUAUAAAUUGA